UUUUCCUCCUCACAGGAAACAAGGAGUAGAACAAGAACAGCAUGCUCUGCUGUUGAGAGGAAUAUUUUACGUGUUAAUUAAAACAUAUUUAAUCAUGCCGAUGAAAGGAAGGUUCCCUAUACGGAGGACAUUAGAAUAUCUUCAGAAAGGAGAAGUGGUCUUCAAAAACACAGUGAAGAUUAUGACCGUGAAUUACAACACGCAUGGAGAACUGAGUGAAGGAGCAAGGAAAUUUGUGUUCUUCUCUGUGCCACAAAUCCAGUACAAAAAUCCCUGGGUUCAAAUAAUGAUGUUCAAAAAUAUGACCCCAUCACCAUUUCUCCGAUUCUACCUUGAUGAGGGAGAGCAGGUAUUGGUGGACGUAGAAGGAAAGGACUAUAAGGAAAUAACCCAGCAUGUCAGGAAGAUCUUGGGCAAGUCAGAUAAAGUUCUGCAAGCUGAAGCAUUAGCCAAGAUGGAGUCCUCAAACCCAGCGAACUUUGGGCCUAAAAAAUACUUCCUGCGCGAGUGUAUAAGUGAAGUGGAAGGUCAGGUUCCUCACCCAGGUCGCGUGCCCUUGCCAAAAGAGAUGACUGGCAAAUACAGGACCAAAAUGGCCGCUAGCUCUGAGGAUUAAACCUGGCGACAGGAAAAGGGGACAGGAUUGUUGCAUUUCAUCCCUCACUCAGUUCUUCUUCUGCCUAAAUGGACUGCAGUCAGUAUGUGUGGAAAUAACAAGCAGCCAUGGAAGGGUGGUGCGUGUGUGGGUGGUGGUAUUUUUUUUUUUAUAUAUAAAUAACUUUGAUGUUAAAUGAAUCAUUUGACCACAGUAUUCUUAUUUGGUCAGUUUUAUUAGUGCAGUGUUUUGCAUUCUGAACGUGAACAAGCUUCAUUAUUCAAAUGCUACCAGACUUUCCACUGACAUUAGCCACAAGCACAUCAUUUAUGCCGACUAAUUAAAGAAAUCUCCAAAAAAACAAACAUUCUGCAUUCCGCCCUGCGCAGACAUUUUUUUUAUUUAGACCUCUGUGAAGUUGGCAUCCCAUGAGUGUAAAUAAAAGUAUUUUGAUUUGUUUGUGCAUGCAAAACAAAGGUCACUAAAUCAGCCGUUUAAAUGUUUUAUUGACCCAGCACCCCAUAACCACCCAACUGACUCCAAACAAGUCUGAUUCGUUUGUGUACACAAAACCAUAUGCACUUCAUGAUUAAGUUAUUAAACGUUUUCUUGACACAUGACAUCACUCAGCACCCUAUUACUGAAGCACAUUUGUUAAUUUUGCAUGCACAAGUGAAUCAGACGUAUUUGGAGUCAUAUGGGUGUUUAUAGGGUGCUGGAUUAUUAAAACAUUAUUAUUAAAUGAAGUAUUUUUCAUGUUCUCAUCAUAUGGGGUGCCAACUUCAGUUUUUUUUUAAAGUGGUACUCAAUCAGUUAACUUGAAAUACUGCCUAUUCAUGAUAAAUAAAACAGUCCUUUGAAACAGUCAAAGGACCUUUUGUAUUGUGAUUCUCUCCUCAAGUGUAUAAGAUGGACCUAUCAGUGCAGAACUGGUUUAGUGUUAGACAGCAUAUCCAUUUUGUAACGAAAGAGCAGAUUAAAAUAUUUAAACACGCAUCCAACACUGGCAUUGAAGAAGAGACUGGAGAAUUGUGCAGCAUAGAACAUAUGUCAAAAAGCUAUUACAAAGCUACUAAAACAUUCAACACAACAGUUAGUUGCAUUACUCAAAUAAUACGCGAAGGUCACUACUUCGGCUGACAAGCUUCAACAUUGAAACGUGAAAAUGCUUUUUGAAAAUAAAACUAAAUUUCUGCUCAUUUCAGCAAACGACUUGAGAUCAAAAAAGUCUUAAACCAGUGGAGCACAUUCCCAUGACUGCUGGACACAAGAUCUGCAAGCAGUUACACCAGACAUGAAGGGGUUCUUUGCAUUCGAAUGACAUUCUUCAAGGAAAAAGCAGGCACAUACAGUAGAUCUUGAAAUAAGAUGUUUGUAAUAUUAUAGUUUACACAACUACUAUUGAUUAACCCUCUCUAAUUCAAGUCGUACAGAUUUCCUUGGGAGGAAAUGGCUACUGACAUUUGCAACAAAACUAAUUUCAUACUGAAAUACAAAAAAAAAAAUAUCCAUCAGUGUCUUCUUAUUAUGAGAAAUGUAUCAUUACUGUGAGGGGGAGCUUCUUUUUACUAUUCAAAAUCUAGUUAAGAAAAAAAAAACAUUAUGAGGAAAUAUCUUAUUACAAGAAAACAUCUUGCUAUAAGAUAUUUUAUUAAAACAAAUCUUUUUACAACAUAGUCUCUAUGGAUAGUUUCUGAUAACUGGCGCAGUUGACAAAUGUUUUCCUGUAAUAAGAUUUUUUUCAUAAUGAGAUGCUGAUGAGAUUUUUCUUCAAAAAAUGAGAUUUUUGUACAUCUGGGAAGGCAUCAUUAAUGCUGAAUGAUGUAUGCAUGUUUCAAAGCAAUAUGCUGCCAUCCAGACAAACUCUCUUUCAGAGAAGGCCUUCCUUCUUUCAGUAAGACAAUGCCAAACCACAUGGCUCUGUAGUAAAAAAAAAAAAAAAAAAAAAA